GUGAAUGCAUUGCCAGCGCUCGCAUCUCCCCAUCUCACACAUUUGAUCUUCAUCCUCAUAUCAACCACACUCUUUUGCAGCUGUACUCUAAUAGACGGCUACUUUGGUCUCCACUCUAUUGCCCAUGUCCCCCUCACGAUCCGUCUUGGCGCUUUUCGCCCUCAACAUUUAUAUCCCCCUGUGCUUUGCGGCUUUAUAUGUCACCAGCCCGAACGUCGGUACAACUUGCCAUGCAGGCCAGUCAUGUACCAUCGAAUGGCUAGACGACGGUACACAACCUCUGCUUAGCACAGUCGGGAUUUGCACCGUAGGGCUGUACUACGGGGAGCUUCAACUUGUUCAGUCGAUUGAGGCCGUGGAUGUCAGCUCUGUGCAUUCUCUAACCUUCACUCCCAAUGCAGAAGCCGGGCCAGAUUCCAGUUCAUACUAUGUGGCGUUCACUUCCACAUCCUUCACCAACAACUCUGGAGCUUAUCAAUCGUUCACCCCGGCAUUCGCUCUUGACGGAAUGUCCGGCUCCUUCUCCUCUCCGGUCGCCUCCUUGACAUCCACCCUCCCCAUCCCUACCACCCUCUCAUCCGCGACAUCUCCAGCAGAAAUAUCCACAAUCACACUCUCCAAUACCGCCUCACUCUCCGUCUCUACUAAUCCCGCAUCUUCGUUCACACCGUCAACAUCGAGUGCCAAAUCAACCGGAACGGGCGCUUCCUCGUCGUCAUCAAGUCACACGACAUCAUCCAGCGGAGGAAGCAAGACGAGCUCUUCAAGCGCUGCGUCGUCGACGACGGCUGCGAGCUCGGAUGGGGUGGUUGCAGUGGUCGGCGGAGGGUCAAGAUGGAGUUGGGCUUGGGCAGGUGUUGUGGCAAUUCUGCCCGUUCUAUUCUCGUGAGGCGGGUUCGUUUCUUGGUUGAGCUUUCUCGCUUUCUCCUCGCCUUUUUUUCUUCACUUUUAUCUUGUCAUCGGAUAGAACUGCAGUUUUUGGCAAACUGCAGUAUCGCCACCAAGACGCCAGUUAGUGCCCGCGUAUCCGAGACUUCGCCCUAUGCAUGGUCGUUUUGGCUGGUCGUUCGUAUGUACGGGUUGCAUCUUUCAUGGACGGUUUAUUGUUUAUAGCCUCUUUCUUGGAUUAAUCGCACCUUCAACUCUUCCUCGUCACUUUCCCCCAUUUCGAUAUGUCGUCUUCCUCCCUGUCACAGCGCCAUUCCCCGUCCUCCUCCUCUGCACUUCGAUCUUCUCUUCUCGUCGCUCAUUCAGCCAGCUACGAUCCCCGUUCAUCUUCUGUCGCCCCGACCUCUCGCGCCACCUGAUUAGGCUUCCCUUUCACCGGCCACGGCCGCAGCCGCCUCUACCUCAUCGAUUGAGAAGAGAACGGAUAGAAUCCUGGUUCAUUUUUUUUACUUCUCCCGAUAUACACAUACCUCAUACAUACACACGUUCAGUCUGAGUUAUACUCUAGUACUAUACCUCGAUUCCGCAUGUACAGUAUCACUUCGCGUUUUGAUCAGCUGCAAUUGUGUGGCGUAUACCCUUCUGCAUGAUUUGGCAGUGGGCUGUUGCUAGUUC